AUGAACGGAGGCUCCCUGAAAGCGCCAGGCUUUUGCGGGAGCGUGCCAGAGCUCCAGCGAGAUCUCGCAGCACGCUUUGCAGCUCUUAGGUGCCUUGGCUCCGGAUGGCCAGUAGCCGAUCCCUUCUGGCGCGUUGCCAGAGAAGGCAUCCUCGAACAACUCUCAGAGGUGUCAUGCGUUCAGACCUCGAUGGGUGACCUCCGAAAGCCAGGGGAGGUCCUGCUGCGUGGAAGUGGCUCCCUUCGCCGUGCCAGCGAACUGAUGCCGGCGGAACUGGUGCGCGCCAGCUGCGGACGCUCUCUGUGCGACACGAGCGACUCCAGCGAGGAGCGCUUGCUGCGCAAGCUGGGUGCUGAAGACUUUGCAGCAAAGCAUUUAGGGCAGUGCCUGGCUUUUCGUGGUGGUGCCUGGCCACAAGGCUGGGUUGCAUCUAUUUGGGAUGGUGGCAGCGCUGAAGGUCUACGACGAGUAGCUGCUUUGUACAAUUUGCUCGGUGCCAUUGUACGACCUGGAGAGGAGGAAGGAAACGAGGCAGUUGAUCUUCUGUUACAGCUGCCAUCGCUUCCUCUCUUUCCCUUGCUUCGGGACAAGAAUGAGAGGUCGGAGAUUGUGUGUGCGAAAUUGGAAGAAGGGCCCAUCUACUUGGGUUUGUGCCCAGCGCUCUCUGAACGUUGGCAGCUGGUGUUGGGAACCCACAGUGCCUUGAGGCUUUUGCCUCCCUCGAUGAAAGCCAGUUUGGAUAGCCUGGGCACACAGCUGCUGACGAGCUUGGGCAUUGAGCCGCCGAGCCGCGUGCAGCUUGCAGAGGCAGCUCUACAGCGACAAUUGGAGGUGGUGCCAUGUGUUCCGGCUCCUCAGCCAGUGGCGUACUGCUGCUGGGCAGCUUUAGCUGUACUUCGAGACCUUUGGGCGGAGCCACUAGGGGAUGGCGCUGAGAUUCGAGGUAUCAUGGCUGUGUGCCAUGCGUUGAAGAACUUGGGCACGUGCAAAAGUGUGGAAGCAGCUGAAGCGCUAGUGAAGCUGAAAGGGGAAGAGGGAGGUAUUGGUGCCAUCCUUUUGGCCCCUGCUGAUGAGAUGCGGCCACCGCCAUCCUUAAGAUGUCCGUCGCUCUUGGGUCAUUCGCGGGAACUUCCCGCAGACCUGGUGGAACGCAUCGAAGGAUUUCUGGGGACCUCCUCUGUGGCUGUUGGGCCACCACAGAAACUUCAGACUUGGCCGCUGGCAGAUUGCCAAGAUGCUCACCAAAGAAGGUUGGAGGCACUGCUUUGGGAGGCUUUCUUCGUGGAUUGCUUAGGCGCCCAGCCGCGUCGCCCUGCAGAUUGGCGACAGGAGCGGGUGCCGGCAGAUCUGGCCUUCAGCCUGGGGCAGGAGCUUGGUAGUGAUGGCGCCCGAAGCCUUUGGGUGUCAUUGUUGGAUGAGAAGGCAGGCGAACAACUGUUGAAAGAUAGGUGUAUUGUAAACACGUGGCCCGAGUGCAUGCCAGGCUGUCCCGGAUGCCGUCUUCCGCUACUUGGAUCAGAGAUGAAGGGAUGUUUGGAGGGAGAUGUCUUGCAGGGAGCAGAGAGGCAUUCUGAGACUCGGCAGCAGUUCAAUUUGCAGCAUCGGAAACUGGGAAACUGUGAACAUUUUGGACCCCUGCAUCCUGGCCGCUGGUUGGUGCCCUUGACAUUUGCCGAGGUCUACUGGCCUGUGGCAGGUGCAGCCCUGAAUGGGCUCUACUUGGACCUUCCGCAGCUGGGAGCUGCUGAGGGUCGGGGCUUUCAGCUGCAGCAGUGCUUGCGGGGCCUUGGUGCCCGAGCUCAUUUGGACAUUGAAGGUCUUGCUGCAGCACUUGAGGCUCUGCUCCGAGGCCUGUGCCGGUCUCCUGCCCACUUCGCUCGCAUAUACUCGAACAUUGACACGCUGGAGACUACGGCAGAACCAGGCCAUGCCAAGCAUGCAGUCGAAGUGGAACAUUUUCUUCAGCAGUCCAUCUUUGAUCCAGCCUUGCCCGACCCCGUGAAAGCCAAUGAUUGUGUCUGGGAGCUGCCGAAAAACGAGUUGCUGGCACAGUGCUGCAGCUUGACAGUUCUGCGCGAUAUCUACACCACCUUUGGUGAUGUGCAGCUGAAGCGCUACUUCGAGGCACGUGGCGUGCCAGCCAUGCCCAACACGGCAGAAUCCUACCUGCGGAUGUGUCAGAAUCUGAUGGAUGCUGCAGAGGAACUUGGAAAAGCAUGGCGCAGAGCUGAAGGAAAUCCAGAGAUGGCACUAGUCACAUUGCCCGGCUCUCCCAAGCCCAAUGGCGCGAGCCGAAUUGGCGCUGUAGACUUUCUGAACCAAGUCUGGGACGCCUUGCUCUUCAUCUACAAAGGCAUGUCCUCCUUGGAAGGUCAGCAGCGCGAUGCCCUGCGACCCUUCUCCCCGGUGCACACUCUGCUGGUGCCGCUGCCCUGCCCACAGGGGGGUCCUCCACAGGUCUCCUCGAUGCUGGAGGUGGCGCGCUUCUAUGACGGAGCUCUCUUCCGAAGAAUCUCUGUUUGCGAGUCCUUCUGGGAAGUGGCGCCUGACUUGGCGGAUUCUCCUGCUGCAGCCUGGGCCAUGAGCCUGGCUUUUCCGCCGGAACUGAAACCGCUCUUCGUGGAGUGCUUCGGAGUGCGCGAGGUGGUCGACACCGCUGGGCUACGGGAAGGCAUCCUGGCACGUGUGAACCACGGCAAGCGGGGAGGCAUCUCGAGGCCCGGAGGCUUCGGCUUCGGUAGCUUCGGGAGCGAGUUGGGCUCCAAGGCAGUGAACGAGCUAGGCCUUCCUGACGAGCUGCUCCGUGCCUUGGGCGAUGGACGAGGAAGCGGAACUUCGGAGGGUGAUGCGCUGGCAGCGGCUGAGGAGGCUUUAGCAUCACUGCGUCGACGCCCUGGUGGCGGCGGCCAUAGUUCUGGAGAUGAGGACAACUUAGUGGCUCCGGCCCUGCCGGCACGCUCCGUGCGCUGCCCAGCCGCGCCGGAACGGCGCCUGCGACGAGCGGGCCAUGCGCGGGGGAGGCGUGGCGAGCGUGUGGCCGUGUACCGUGUGCAACGCUUAGAGAUGAGAGGCUUGGAGCUGGCCCGAGGAUAUGAUGCUUCGGAGAAAGAGCUGGACGACCUGGCCGUGGUGCUGCAGGGCUUGGUGUCCGUCUUUCAGUUGGACUGCGACUGUGUGGCCAUCGUCAAUGGAGAUGUGGUGACGACGCAGGAUGAUAAAGGCGAUUGCCACCACGGUGCGCGGCGCCAUUGGCCCUUGCUGUUCUCUGCCGGGCUGCGCCCCGCAGCGGAGAGCAGCUUUUGGUUCGGCGAGUUUUGCCAUGCCUUGGCGCAUCGCUCCACGGGCCCGGGGCAUGGGGCGCACCAUUCGAGGGUACCGCUUGGCUGCAAGAAGAAAAGGGAGAAGGAUGGAGAAGGGUGGCAUCUUGGGAGCUUGGUGGGAUCUUCUAUUUACCAUCUGGUUAUUUAA